UGCUGCCAUUUUUGACGUUCAAUAUCAGCGUCCAUAAGAUAAUAUGGAUAUAAGUUUUACACAACAUAUACAGUAGAUUAAGUUUGAGUAAACUGUUGCCAAACUCUGUGGAGAACUGAAAUUAAUGCGCAGGUCCGUAAUUUCGCGCGUAGCAGUCACUUAUUAUUUUUGUUUUGUUUUGUUUUGUUUUUUUUUUUUUUUUUUUUUUUUUGGUCUUAAUUCAUGUCAUAUUCAAUAAUAAAUAUUCGUAAUCAUUAACAAUAGUAAUUUCUUAAUAACUGAGGAAAAAUACAACAACGUUCGUAUGUUAUAAAAUUAAAUCACUGAAUUUAGCUCUGCAUUUUCGAUAUACAUAUAUAUAUUAGAUAUGUAUGGAACACAGUGCGUGAUCAGUGCUAGUAUAUGUAUAUUAGGUUACAUUACAUUGAUUUCACAGUAUUUACAAUGUAUUCAUGGAAUAACAUUUAUUCAUCGAAAACUGUAGAAUUAGUUAUAGGACUAGUUUUUACUUUCUGCGAAAUUUUCACCAUAAAUUUACGAAAACUAAUUUAUUGUUGAACUAAAACAAAACAACAUGUAACGUAGUCUUCGAGUCCGCCAUCUUGUUUUUUAAAAUGAGUCAACAGGUAUUCUCUACUGACCACUUAAUACGUUUAAUGCGAGCAGGACGUCGAACUGAAAUUGAGGAUUUUCGUAGGUUAACUAGCAAAUCGAAAGAAAUCAAUUAGUGAAGAUUACUUGUAUCUUGUUUAAGAAACUGUUCUAACAGUUUCAUGAGAUUUCGGAUAAUUGCUUCACUAACGUAGUGAGGUAUUUCCUGCUAUCUUGUGAAUUUCCAACGUCUUCGUUUGACAGAUUGUCGGUGUGUGUAUGCGUUCGUUCCACGUGAAUUCUUUGUUUGGGCACCGGUCAUGUUUCUGACAAGCAUUAAAAUUGUGAGGUGGUAGCAGUACCCUGGUAUAUGGGUGGCCCUCCGUCGGUGAUGGCGGGGAAAGAUGGGAAGGUGGAGCCAAAAAGUGGAGACGUGGUGAGACAGGGGUUCAUGGUGAAACGUUCUCAAAAUAAGAAACGUUUCACUCCCGUCAACUACAAACAACGCUGGUUCGUUCUGACCAGACGCUACCUCGUCUAUUACGACGGCGAUGGAGAGCGACGCAAGGAACGAGGUAGAAUCGCGGUCGAGAGCGUGCACGUGGUUGAAACGGCGAGCCUCGGGAGCAACGCCGUCGGCGGCGUCGGCGGCGUCGUCGGCAGCGACGUGGCAGGUAGCGAAGCAGGUGGAGGCGGAGGUGGUGGAGGUGGUGGAAUACCACCUGGGCUACCCUUCCAGGUGGGCUAUCGAGAAGCCGGCCAAGAGUACACGCUCUACCUCCUCGCCGCCCGCGAGCAGGACCGCGCUGAGUGGAUUCGUGCCAUCCGUGCUGUGUGCAGCGAGAAUCCGGGCUUGAGCGGUCGUUACCACGCCGGCUUGUGGAGUGGAAAGCGUUGGUCCUGCUGCCGCUUGUCGACACGUUCCGCAGAGGGUUGCGAUACUUGCAGCUCCUGGUCCUCUAAACCGUUCAACGCAACGAACCCCUCCUCGACCUCCACUUCGAGCUUCACCUCCGCCACCGGAAGUACCAUCGCUACCUCCACUACUGCCUCUAUAACCGAUCGACCGCAGACGACCAACUCCGAGGCCAACAACAAUCCCAUCGUUCACUCGCAGGCUCGUUCCACAAUCGGGACCCCCUCGACUCCGAUAAUGCCAGGGGGCACACCUGGCACCCCGUCAUCAAAAACGAAGGAUAAAAUAAUGAUGAGGACGAAGGUGGUGGUAGCUCUGUACCCUUUUCGAGCGAUCGAAGGAGGCGAUCUGUCCCUCGAAAAGGGUGCAGAGUACGAAGUGCUGGAUGAUUCCCAAGAACAUUGGUGGAAAGUGAAAGACGAACAUGGAUCUAUCGGUUACAUUCCCAGCAACUACGUGAAAGAGAAAGAACUUUUGGGCCUUCAAAAAUACGAGUGGUACGUAGGUGAUAUGUCGAGGCAACGCGCAGAAUCAUUGCUCAAACAAGAAGACAAAGAAGGAUGUUUUGUUGUUCGUAAUUCCUCUACCAAAGGGCUUUACACGCUUUCACUCUACACUAAAGUCCCGCAUCCGCACGUGAAACACUAUCAUAUCAAGCAGAAUACAAGAGGAGAAUUUUAUUUGUCCGAGAAACAUUGUUGCGGUUCGAUACCGGAUUUGGUCAAUUAUCACAGGCACAAUAGCGGUGGUUUGGCCAGCCGAUUGAAAACUAGCCCAUGUGAUCGUCCUGUACCACCUACCGCUGGUCUCAGUCAUGAUAAAUGGGAAAUUGAUCCAGCAGAGUUACAUCUAUUGGAAGAACUUGGUUCUGGACAAUUUGGGGUUGUGCGAAGAGGUAAAUGGCGUGGUUCUAUAGACGUUGCUGUUAAAAUGAUGAAAGAAGGUACUAUGUCUGAGGAUGACUUUAUAGAAGAAGCUAAAGUGAUGACGAAACUCCAACAUCAAAACUUGGUGCAGUUGUAUGGUGUUUGCAGUAAAGAUAGGCCAAUAUACAUUGUCACUGAAUAUAUGCGACACGGGUCUCUACUCAAUUACCUCCGUCGUCAUGAAGCAACAUUAGGAGCUAAUGUUGGCCUACUUCUGGACAUGUGCAUACAGGUUUGCAAAGGAAUGGCUUAUUUGGAAAGGCACAACUAUAUCCACAGAGAUCUUGCUGCGCGCAACUGUUUAGUCGGUUCAGAGAACGUAGUUAAAGUUGCUGACUUUGGAUUAGCAAGGUAUGUUCUCGAUGAUCAAUACACCAGCAGUGGAGGUACCAAAUUUCCUAUCAAAUGGGCACCACCUGAAGUAUUGAACUAUACACGCUUCAGCUCGAAAUCGGAUGUUUGGGCAUACGGAGUACUUAUGUGGGAAGUAUUCACGUGCGGCAAAAUGCCUUAUGGGCGUCUAAAGAAUACCGAAGUUGUUGAAAGAGUACAACGAGGAAUCAUAUUAGAAAGACCCAAGGCCUGCUUCAAAGAAGUUUACGAGGUAAUGCGAAAAUGCUGGGCCCAUUGCCCGGAAGUACGACCGUCCUUCCGCGUAUUGAAAGAACAGCUGAUCAGCGUGUCUCAAGGUCUGCUCAAUGAUUGACUCAACCUUCUACGGUGUAUGCGCCUAUCGUCGCCUUCAAGCCGGUCAAUACAGGCGGCAAAAUCUCCAUCGCUCGAGCGAUCACCCUCGAUUCUACCAUCGUCAAACAACUCUUCAUCGUCGUACAACUCGGCAACUUUACCGUCGUCCCGUAAGACUCGUGCGCCAGCCUCAUUACCGCCCUCGGUCGAUUUUCUACAUCUAUCGUCGUCCACGUGUAAAUUAAAGAAAGAAGGGUCAUCCUCACCGAGUACACCUGGCCACCAACCUAGUCAACCAUCAUCAAGCUCGUCGUCUAACGUCUGUGACAUUUGCAGUUCCUACGGCCAUCCGUGGAUCGAAAUUUGCAAGGCGAUUAGAGCCACUAAAGGCAAAUAAAAAAGUGUGUGUGUCCCGAAGUAUGUGUGUCGAUUUAAACCGAUUAUAUAACGCAGCUUACACGACAGAAAGAUAACAAAAAUAUUGAUACGACAUUAUUUCAGCCUACACAGCACUGCAUUUUAUCCUAUCCUAUCCUAUCCUAUCCUACCCUACCUUAACUUACCUUACCUUACCCUACCCUACCCUACCCUACAUUGCUCCCACCCCGACUAUCUUUGACCAAACUAUUCGAAACCUGACUAAUAUUAUCUUUUAGACGUGGCUUUUUUUCUUUCGUCGAACCUAAAGAACUGAGUGCAUGAUUGUUUUUUGUAUCCCUUUCUAAUCCCUUCCUAAUCCCAACCUAAACCAAACCUAAUCCAAACCUAAUCUCAACGAUAAUAAGUUUCAGAGUACCCUAUGCAACGAUAUCGGAUGCAUUUACGAAUAGAACAGUAGUAUUUAUUGACUGCCCUUUUAAACGGGAUAUACUAGUACGUUGUGAUUUUUCUCGUUUUUAUUUUUCUUCUCGUUUCCGUAGAAAUGUAUUGUAUUGUCCCUUUUGUUAUAUCGACUUUUUAACGAAAACCGUCAAGUAACUUCACGAACGAGAACAAGAUUAUUUCUGCUUGAUAAAAUCAAUUUAAUAAAUGAAUGUUUCACUUGUGUAUUAUAUACUAUGACGAUUUAAUAAAAUAGAAUAAAUAAAACUAAA